UCCAAGGGCUGGGGAUCUUGCUGUCCUAAGGAUAGCUGAGCAAGGGGGUCGAGGAGGAGCUUGGGUAAUGGAAGAGGGGAAACCGGGUAAGAUGCGUGAAGCGGUUGGCUAUACAAGGCACAGACAGGACCUGCUGGGACCCAAGUGCCUUCAUGUGAAGCUUGGUCUUGGGCCACCUUGUUCCUCAAAGGGGUGCCUAGUUCCAUGGGGUCUUCAAAGGGACUGUGGAAAGAGAGGCCUUCAGCCCACACCUCUGAAUGCUUUUCCACCACAGCAUGCCCUGUGGCCUGUAUCCUGCUGGUGUGGAACAGUCAGACCCCUGCAUGGCUGCAGAGCCUCUGUACUGGGUGGCAUCCCAGCCUGAGUGCCACAGCUCAGUGGGUAGGCCCCCGAGCAAGUAGAGAGGAGGGCACUUUUUGGACAGAAUGUGUGGGACAAGAGCGAUGGCUCAUCCAUUCAGGUUACUCACGAAAUGAGAGUCAGGAAGAUCAGGGCACAGACCUGAUUUCCCACACAGGGCUGAAAGCAGACAACCGGAGGGAGAGCAGCACCUGGGCCAAGGAGGUAGAAGACAGAAGACCACAGUAUACUCCUGCCCUCAACCUCAACCCCUCCCACACACAUCCUCCACACCCCCUAACCACCUUCCUCAGAAGUGUAAUAGGAAUCCAGAUAUUCCCUGGCCUGGUUGCUGCAGGAGGCACAGUGGCCUGGAGGAUCCUGAGGCAGUUGUGGGAAGAUGUGGAUUGUCUAACCGGAGGUUGGGAGUCCAGGGUGCAGAAGGAGAAGCUUGGAGUACAGGGUUUGGUGGUGUGUGUGUGGCAGCAGGCAAAAGAAAGAGACAACUAA